AUGAGCCUGGUAGCCUGUGAAUGUCCACCUGGCCCAGGCCUGGAACCGGAGCCCUGUUCACGAGCACGGUCCCAGGCCUGCAUGUACCUGGAACAGAUCCGUAACCGGGUAGCUGCAGGGACCCCAGACGUGACCAAACGUGACUACCUGGUGGAUGCAGCUACACAGAUCCGCCUGGCGCUGGAACGAGAUGUUAGUGAAGACUAUGAAGCGGCCUUCAACCACUACCAGAAUGGUGUGGAUGUGCUACUCCGUGGUGUACAUGUUGACCCCAACAAGGAGAGAUGCGAAGCUGUGAAGUUGAAAAUCGCCAAGUACCUCCAGAGGGCAGAGGAGAUCUUUAACUGCCACCUACAGCGGACACUGGGCAGCGGAGCCAGCCCCAACACGGGCUUCAGCAGCCUGAGGCUCCGGCCCAUCCGCACACUGAGCUCUGCUCUGGAACAGCUGAGGGGAUGCAGGGUGGUUGGGAUCAUUGAGAAGGUGCAGUUGGUCCAGGACCCAGCAACGGGAGGAACCUUUGUUGUGAAGGGCCUUCCCAGGUGCCACAUGGGAAGCCAGGAGCGGCUGACGAUCAUCCCACACGGAGUGCCCUACAUGACAAAAUUGCUGCGAUACUUUGUGAGUGAGGACUCCAUCUUCUUGCACCUGGAGCAUGUGCAAGGAGGCACCCUUUGGUCACAUCUGCUCUCCCAGGCCCACUUCCAAUAUUCUGGGCUCAAGCCUGGCUCUGCCCAGGAGAAGUCAAAAGUCCAGCUCAACACCCACCUCUGCCUCAUGACCCCUGCAAAGCUCCCACCAGGCUUGGGACAGGAGAGAUUCCCAGUGGAGCCUCCACGGACUUCUCAGAGCCUUCCCCCAGCCAAGGAGAUCCCAUCCCUCCACCUUCAGAAAGAGGCUGAGAGUGAACCUUCAGCCGGGACCAGUCCUUUCUGCUCUUCGGACCUCACGGAAGCCCCAUGGGGCCACUUGCACAGUCAAAUCAGGCGAGCCGGCCAGAGUUCGAACCCCGCCCCCAACCGGAGGCUCCACUGGGUACGGGAAGGGGCUGACCGGGUGCUAGGGGCCUAUGGCCGAGGCAGAGGAGGUCAGAAGCUGCCGUCAGCAAACAGGGCCAGCCUGAGGUGUGGAAGAGCCGUCUGGAGCCCGAGGGAGGAACAGGUGAAGCAGUGGGCCGCGGAGAUGCUGGUGGCACUGGAGGCCCUCCAUGAGCAGGGGGUGCUGUGCCGGGACCUCAACCCACAGAACCUGCUUCUGGACCAGGCAGGUCACAUCCGACUCACAUAUUUUGGCCAGUGGUCAGAAGUGGAGCCCCAGUGCAGCCAGGAGGCUGUGGACCGCCUGUACAGUGCUCCAGAGGUCGGGGGCAUUUCUGAGCUGACUGAAGCCUGUGACUGGUGGAGUUAUGGGUCACUUCUGUAUGAACUGCUCACAGGAACGGCACUGUCCCAGAGCCACCCCUCAGGAUUCCAGGCCCAUACCCAACUUCAGCUGCCCGAGUGGCUCAGUCGCCCAGCAGCUUCUCUGCUGACUGAGCUGUUGCAGUUCGAUCCCCAGCGGCGUCUAGGGGCUGGAGGUGGCGGCCCCAGCCAAAUCAAGUCCCACCCCUUUUUCAGUAGUAUCCAGUGGAGCCGACUAACGGGGUGA